CUCACAACCAAGAAUAACGGUACCAAACCUACCAAGAUGGAGGCGAGGGUGGAAGAGUUGGUGCAGGCCAAGAACAGCGGCAGCCUGACAGCGGACGAGAGAGAGACGAGGAUACAGACGCUCUUGGCAGAGCUUGACAAUACCAAAGAUGACAUACACCCUGCGACCCUCGAAUAUCUCCAGGGACGCCUCCUUUCGCUCCGAGAACCCCUCGAUCCACAGUGUGAGGCUGCGUUGACCAAGAGCGUGAAGCUCAAUCCAAAGAAUAUCGAUGCGUGGAAUCUGCUGGGAGAGGUCUUCUGGCGGAAAGGCGACCUGUUCGAGAGCACAAGGUGUUUUGAGAUGGCGUUGCACAGAGAAGAGAACGCAGAGAGUCUUCGCAACUUGAGCAUGAUCACGCGCAAGAAGCGCGUCUCCACCCGCGCCGAGGAGAAGCGCAACAUUGAGGAGAGCAUCGAGCUGGCCAAGAAGGCCAUUGCGUUGGAUUUCAGCUCUGGUCGAUCUUGGUUUGUCUUGGGAAAUGCCUACCUCACCCUCUUCUUCUCAUUCUCCAAACAAGACGACCAUCUCCAGCAGUCAUUGAAAGCGUUUAACCGCGCCACACUGGACAAGAGGGAAGCAGACCACAACCCGGAUCUCCAUCACAACAGAGGCACUCUGCUCAAGUACAUUGAGGACUUCGCUGGUGCGCUGGCUGCGCUGCGACAGGCCGUUCGUCUUGAUCCCGACCUCGCCUUCUCCAGAUCCCUCCACGCAGCCAUCGUCGCGCAGAUACAGUCUGUCGCAGCAGCCAUAGCCAGGAAGGGGAGCAUCAAGACGAAGCGUGUGCAGCAGUACCAGUCGCAAGUGGAAGCAGCAGCAACAAAGCAGCCGGAGGGUACAACCUGCUGUUGUAUCGAUGACCUGCAACAGGGGGACAACUCGGGCAAGACGUUGGUCGUUAAGUCCAUCACCAUCCUGACCCGCGAACCCAUGCCGCAAUUAUUUCUCGUGCUGGAUCAGCGUGGACAGUUUGCCUGUUUAUCAGUGUACAAUGCGCGAGACAAUGUGCUGCUGGCAGGGGAUGUGCUGACGAUCAAGGACCCUGUUCGGCGCGAUGUUGACAUUCGCGGAGAUGAGGAGUUGGGCGACGUCGCAUAUCCGUCCAUCCGCGUGGAACUUCCCACCGCCAUCACCCGCAACGGCCGCAAACUCGGUCGAGACACACUUGUUGCAGCGCACCUGUCUCUGCACAACAAAUAAUAACGUAAACGCCACACUCGCCGUACACAUACAAAGUCCCAUAGCC